AUUGUCACGGUGUGGGGACGGAUGUGAUAAUAAAAAUUGAAAUCCGUCAAUCGCGUCGAUGCCGACGUAGCUUCGUGUUGUGUCCAGUCACCGGGGCCAUCGCGCGUUAGCCGUUCGAUUAUCGGCCACACACAUCCAAGGUCACGGGUUGUGGGCGGGCGGCUACAAUGCUGCCCGGUCCACUCGCGGCCCUCGACACUCAGAAAACGCGCGCGCUCACUACUAUUUACGCGCCGCGAAAACUCAAAACACGAAAACACAAAACCGCACAAUCGAGGAUGUUGGAAAACAAUAUACCGAUAAAAUCUACCCUGUCUCCUUUCCAUCCGCUCCCAGCUAUUGGACAGAAAAAAGAAAAAACUAAAGUUAUAGUCUUUGAUUUGAAGAAAGACGAUCAUGCUUUAAAAUUGCAGGAAGUUCUUAAACCGUUAACACCUUUAAGCAUUCAUGCUCUACGAAAGAAUACGGAUUGCGACGAUAGGAAACCACAUCCACUAUUGAGAGAGAAUACUUAUGACGUUAUCGAGCCGAUAUAUCUCAAUGCAGAUAAAAUGAAAAGAACGGAAACGACAAGGAGAACAGUUUCCGAAAACGUUGCCGCGCCAAAGAUGUCACCAAAGACAAGAUUUAAAAACGCAGCAUUACAAGUAGCAAAACUUACCUCUGUGCCAGAAACGGGAAAAUUAUUGUGCUUAAGGGAAAGAGAGACAUACAACAUAAUAUGCCGGGAAGAUAACGAUUCCUGUAGAUUGCAAAAAUUGCCACAAAGUCCUGCGCAGAAAUUAAAUACACUGUCAGAAAUUUUUCAAAACUUAGAAAUGAAGGGGCGACACAGGGAUAGGAUGAAAAAAGAGAACAGUUGGUUUUAAACGAAUACAUUAAGGUUAUUCUAUAAAAAGUUUUCUAUGAGCUUGUUGUGAAAGUGUUUACGCAGUGGAAGUUGGUAACGUG